UUAGUUAUAGUAGACACGACUUGCAAGGUUGUCUUAAAGCUAAAAACAAGGACAUACCUGUAUAACAUUUUUCGAUUUUCCGAUAGAACUGGUGUUAGCAUUCAAUAUUAUUUCUCUUCUUGGAUUGAUAGGUUUUUAGUUGUCGAAUAUACUUAAGUGUGAAUUCAGGAAAAGAAUCUACUGAAAAGUGUUUAUUUCUACAGUGUUGCAGAAAGUGAUUAUAUUAAUUAAAGAUGUAGCUGGCUUUGUUUCGUUUGCAUAAAGGAUACUGGGUAAAAUAAAGAAACACCGAGAACUCCGUACAGUGACUUCCACGUGACCAGACAAUAACCAUGGGGGUGUGGGGCCAGUUUAAGGCCCUUAUCUGGAAAAACUACGUCCUCAGAAAACGACACCCGGUGUAUUUAGGCCUGGAGACACUGUGGCCCGUGCUCAUCUUUGUCGUGCUCGCUUUGAUGCGCCUAGGGUUUCCGCCCGACCACAGAGACACAUGCCAGUUCCAGUCUCGCUCCCUGCCAAGCGCAGGGAUGGUUCCAUUCCUUCAGGACUCCAUAUGCCUCCUUGAAAACAACUGCUCCAACCAGGACUGGCGGGAUCAGCGGGACACCGCACAAGCAAGUUUUCGAGCCCUUGUCCAGGGGGUCACACCGAUAUUGGAGAGAGAUUCUACAGUGGAAGCCUUUCGAGCAUUACCCAAGUUGAAUGAAAUUCUGAAAGCAGUGAAAAACUUUGCAAAUAAAACAGACUUAGAGGAGUUGGAUAAGAAAUUAAAACUGAAAAAUAUGUUCAAAGAUCCAAGUAAAGUUGUUGACAUUAUUGCAGUGAAAUACAACAUAAUGUCAGUUCGUAUGACUGAAUAUGUCUUGGAAUCUACUCUUAACCCAGUUUCAGUUCUUGACAAAAUUGGCAACCUAGAUUUCAAGGACACAGUGUGUGAUCCUACCAAGCUGACCAAGUAUCUGAUUGUGUACCCCAAGGUGAACAAGUACACAUUAUCCACUCAGCUGUGCAAAAUUGAUGACAGUCUAAUCUCCAACAUCACUAAUGAACUCCUUGGGCAGCUCGAUAUUGGAAACCUCAUUAGGCUGGGACAAGACCUAAUGGAGGUAUCGGGAAUGGUUGACUAUUCACAGCUGAUUGGUGAUGUGGCUGCCCUGGUGGAAAGAUACAUGGACGAAGGCAGCCUCUUUUCUGUGCUGUCUGACAUUCCUGAUCUGACCGCCAUUCCCGGGGCCAUGCGAGUCCUGGCGGAUAUACUGCCCUCCUUGAUGGACCUCACCUCAGUCAACUUUGAAAAUUUCCAGCAGCUGUACCAGAUGUUGUAUGAAGUGAUUCAACCAUUGAUGGGACAGUUGGGGGACGCGAGCCUUACCACUGACAUUGACAAAAUGCUCAAAGGGGUCGGAGACAUUCUCAAAAAGAUAGAAUCCUCUGGUGAAAAUAUAUUUGAAGUUCUACCUGAGAUGUUGCCUGGGUUACUGGACCAGAGCGAGUUGCUAAAAAACAUCUCAGAGAUGGUUGACUUUGAGUUGGCCGGAAACCUUGUAAGCCCUGAGCUGAUACGACUCAUAGAGAUCAUGAUUGGAAACCUGACGGAGGGGGACCCAGGGAAAAUCUUUUACACACUUGGAGAUCACGUGCCUGAGAUUAUGAAGAAGUCAGGACUGGAGAAAUGGUUGAUGGACAUGUUGCAGAUUACCGAGAUACCAUAUGAUGAUCUGUUUGGCGCUUAUGACAAUGCCGUGGGAAGUGCUAGUGGAACAAAUGAAAUGGAUCUGGAUGCCUCACUUGACAGCCUGGAAGAGUCUAUGCGACAGAUAAUGGGGAAUGACUCAACCAACAUGGUUAUAGCCCUUUCCAACACCGUCAUGGACUUGGUAGACCAGAAUAAUGUGUUCUAUAAAGACCUGCGUUCAGAACUGCAGUACACGGUUAUCAACACACCCGAGGUGAAUGUGGCGCUGGACAGCCUGAUAGAGUUUGGACCAGAAACAGCAACUGAUAUAGUCACCAGCAUCACUAACAUGGAAAAUGUUUAUAAUGUGAUGACUGGGGCCUCCACCAUGCAGGAAGUGUGUGUUUCGGUGCUUGAAGGGGUCACAUACACUGGCAGCCCCCAAACAGGGGCCGUAUGUAGUCCUGGAGCAACAGGGGCCAUAGAGACUGUCCUCACAGGUGGACUCAUGCAGGAACAAGAAUCCAAGAUGGUGGCUCUAAUGAACCAGAUGGACACCAUAAUGUCUGGGGAUAUUCCCAUGCAGUAUGAGAACAGUACCAUGAAGUCGAUGUAUGCGCGCGCCUCGUCCAUGGUGGAAGACAUGAUCACUCCCCUUACCAACAACCUUGAUGGGUGGUAUACGCUGUUCCAGAAUAGCCCCAACAUGUUGAUCGCUAUUCAGGACAAUUCCGUCUGGACAAAUGCAUGGAUUGACAUGGAAACGGAGUUCACUUACAAUGAAAGGAUAAUGUUGAGCGUACAGAUGGCCCUCAAGUCAAUGGAGGCAAGCUCGAUGUGGGGGUAUGUGACACCUGGCAUGGACGUUGCUAUGGCAACUGUCAACACACUCGUGGACAGACUUAAACAUAUGCAAGCUCUGGAGGCCAAUGAUAUGACGAUAUCUAACAUGGCUGCCUACUACCCGUAUCUUCCUCAGAUCCUCACCUCGGCUGUAGGAACAGAUAUCUCCAGGGUAUCAGAGUUGACAUCAUACUUAAAUGACACGGGCAAACUGGUUGCUAUGGUUUGCAGAGAAACAGACUGGUUUGGUAUGAACCUGACUGGUUAUGUGAACAGGACGGAGCUACGCGACUACUUCUGUACACUGGACAUAGACGGCCUCGCGAGUGAUCUGACCACAAUGUUUGAUAUGACCGGGUUCAUCAAUAAGGUGACCGAGAUGCUAAAUGGCACACAGACUACUGGAAUUGACUGGACGCGGAUAGCCACUGACAUGCAGUUUCUUUACGGGACAGUCUCAGGAGGGAAUAACGUGGGAGAUCUAUUCUGGAAACUCUUGAACAUCGACAUUAAUAUGAUCACCUCGUACAGUGAUGUCUUUGAAGGAUUGCUUAACAACAUGAUGAUGGACAAUAUGAUGGAAAGUAUGUCAGCUGCAGGGGAUGACCUUGCAUCCAUGUUUGAGAACAUUGACACCGCCCUAAAGGAGGUGCCAAUAUGGAACAGGGUGAAGCACUAUAUUGCCACAUGGACAUCAUUUGCUGAGUUCAUGAUUGAGUAUUCGCAUUUCAUUGAUGAUGGUAACUUCACCAUAGGGGAGUAUGCUAAGCAGAUUUCUCCCACAAUGGGAGGGUACCUGUCCGAUGCCACGUUCACUGUUCCAGACCUUUUAAAAAACAUAGAGGAUAGCCUCAAAAACCCGCAACAGAUGAUUGAGCGUAUAUUAGGAGCGGACUACAGUGGUUUGUGUGUGAAGUCAGGAAGCCUGCUGGACAUUCUGGGUGUAGCCCCCACCCCCGAGUUUGUGGCCUGGGAGCAGGGCCUGUGUGCCCUCAACUGGACCCAAGUUCUACAGGAGCUGGAGGAUAGCAACAGUAAAGUUUCAGCCUUCAUGUCCCAGUUUGACCUCAUCCUGACCUCCAGUACUAAUGAACUACCUAUGAUCACAAUGAUGAACUGGACUGCAGUGAUCAAGAUCUCAGAGGAGUUUUUCAGGAUAGCGGACAGCUCACUGUUCACUGACAGUAUGCUUGAUUUUCCCGACCUGGGCAUUGACCGGUUUAACCAGUCUGGGGUCAACUUGAUUGAUGCUCUGCAGAACACAUGGGCACUGGAUCUAACAAAGGUGUCGUCUGGUAUAGACCAGUUGAUCAAGCUUCUUUAUGGGACAGACAUGGGGAAAGACUCUGUAUUUACCAUGUUCCAGUACACGAUCGCCCAACAGAGCUUCUUCAACUACCGCUUUGUAACCUUCGCUAACUACCAUCUCGACAUAAUCAACAGAACGAGUGUUUUUGAUGUUCGUGCCCAUGUGGAGAACUCUCCCGAACUUGACCGUCUGCUCUCAUUCCUGGAACGGUCCACCGAUGUCAAUGCUGUCCUCCUCGACACUUUUAAACUUGCCCUCGAGAAUAACACACAGAUGUUCAAACUUGUGAGUAUGAAUGUUACGUCUGUGUGUGAAGAUCCAGCCUCAGUAGACUGGAUAUCCAUUCCUAGCAAUGUGAACAUGACCCAGCGGGAGAUUGUGGAAGCAGUCUGCUCUGCCAUUGACAUCAACAAAAUCUUUGAUGAGAUACUUUCCGGCUUCCAUGGCCUUCAGGAGCUGGUAGAUGAUCUCAUGAAUGCGACCAACCUCACCAUUGAUGACAUGACAGUGAACAACACAGAUCUGGUAAGGGCCAAUGAGCGGAUUAGCAGCCUUAUUGCUGACCUCACCAUGAAACCCAUUAUGCUGGGCACAUCUUGGGAUCCAGAGGCCGAUAUCAAUCGUCUGAUGGAACAGUUUUUAAACUUCACUCUGGAGAUGGCUGAGCAAAACCAACAGACUCCACCAGGUGAUGCUAUGGGGCAGACUGACCCAACCGCAGUGCGAGUACUAGCUACCAUGGACCUGGUUCUGGACUAUCUUGUGGAAAGAAUGCAGCAGUUAACAGGUGAUGUGACAAUCGAGGGUAUAACAAACAAUUCAACCGAUAUUGUACAACUGUUUGAGGCCCUUGAGAAUUUGAAAAAAGCUGCAGAUAAUGAUGGUGCUGACUUUGAAUCAUCGGUGGACUUUCCAAAGGUGAUGGAAGCGUUGUCUAAUACCUCCCUGUUACGUGACCAUUGUGAAAGUGCAACCCUGGCGACAUACAUCUCAGUGGGUGGGGUCGUCUCUACUGUAACAGAGGCCCUGCAGGAGGUCAUGUGCAUCAACAUUGACAUGCUGGAAAGUGUACUCAACGACCAGACACAGAUGAAACGUUUUGAGGAAGAGUUAACACGUAUCUGGGACAUGAACUCAGAGGUAACAUUCAACCAGACUUCCCUAAACAAGAACAUGGAGGAGUUUAUCCGUCUGUUUGUGGACUGGGCCCAGUCUCCGCCCUCUGUCGGUUCCCAGUUUACGGAGUGGGCCUCAUGGUCCGCAGUACUCAACUUCUUGGAGAAUUCAUACACUGAUCCUAAACUGUACUUACUGCUGGCUGGAGUCUACAACCCUGUUUUGGCAAAUACCGACUUGGCCUCUAUGACCGACACCAUCUCCGCCCUCAUCAACCCUAUUAUAAAGGAGUUGCAAGACAGUUCACUUGAGGAUUUGAUGUCCAACCCUGACAGGCUGGUCAGACUGGUUCAGGACAUUAUGAGAGCUGAUGAGUUCAUCACACUUGUUACUGAGUUGGAGACACCAAGGGAGACUAUUCUGAUUAACUUCAUAUGUAACAUGACGGCUGUGGAAGAGAAAAUGGCCGCUAUGAAUCUGACAUUUCAUACCACAUUGGUCGAGAAGCUGUGUAUGUAUGGUUACCAGGAAUGGGAUGAGUUGCUGUCGGGAUAUUACCCUAACCAACAAGAUAUGGAUAAAAUCAAUCACAUGUUUGACGAGAUAGUGUCCGAGCACCAGGUGGAUGUACGAGCAGACAUGUUCGCCAUCAUACAGGAGGUUGUUGACAGCUUGGACGGCGUAGACCUCAGCUCUGUGUUAAACACAACAAUUGAGGAUGCCCUUAAAAAGUCACAGGAACAGUCAUAUGACAACCUGAUGCGAUUGUUGAAGAUUAUGGAAGGUAGCGAUGACUUUGUCACCAUACAGCAAGUGUUCCACACACUGGUCACCGUACAGGAGCACAUCAACAUGCUCCUUGGUAGAGUCUCAGGAGAUGCCUCAAUGCCCCUGUUGAGUGCCCUGCCCAGCUCAGAUGCAGUCUCCCACCUGAUCAGCAAGCUCAACUCUGCCGCUGCCUCUGAAUUCUUCAUGGUUGCUUCUGUAUACCCAGAACAGUUCUAUGACCUUGUAAUGACGGGAACAUGGAAGGAUACAGUGUGCAAUGUAAGCAAGUUUGAUGCAACGUUCACAUUCACUGCCGAGGUGGACAGCGUGCACUUACAACAGUUGUUAUGUGACACUGCUGUCGAGGAUGAGACGUUCAUGAGGGAAAUAUUAGACUCUGUUGAAAUUGAUUCUCUUAUAAACAAGAUUAAUGAAAUCUACAGUAGCGAAGGCAACAUCACAAGGGCUCUGUGGGAUCGGAUGGGGGAGCUUGUCGAGCAGCUGGUUGAGAGAGUGACUGGCCUGGAAAACGCCAAUGUUACUGGCAUGGAUGCUUGGGUGGAGACCGUCAUAAAGGCACUCGAGCGCCUCAAUGCUGAACAGCAAGUUAGUGUAGAGGAUGCUUGCACAACAACCCUGUCAUCGCUAGGCAACAUGGACUUCUACAAGGACUAUGUUCUCCCAUACUUAAACUCCGCGGGCACAUUCAUCGAGAUCUCUGAUGCCUUCAUGUCCCUCCAAGUUGACAUUGAUUCAAAAGUUUGUGAUGGCAAAAAGAGAAACAUUACAGACAUCAUAACUCUGAUGUCUGAUUCCGGGGUCUCCAAGAAGCUUGGAAAGGUAUUAGGGCUGAUUACUGGUGAUAAUGAGGAUGAGCAGGAGGAUUUCAACUGCGUUAAACUUACUGGCUAUUACACGUUUGUCGAGAGGCUGAUUAGCAACCUGACAGCAGCGUUUGAGGGCUCCUCUAACAUCGUGGAGUGUGUGGGCGAUAUAUUCACUGCAGCGGAGGACCUCCUUGAGGAUACAAACAAACUGUUCCGGGCCAGUUCCCAGCUGACCACAUUGUUAGGGAAUGAAGAUUUAAAGAAGUUUCUCCAGGACAUGGCCGUCACACCGGAGGUUGCUGACCUGAUUAACUCUGCUCUCGAGCUCUUCCGACAGCAGGAACAAGCUGUGAGCAACCUGGAGAAGCUGCUACAGAAAAAUGUGUCCGCAACUGAAGCUGUAUUUAAGGAGAUUUAUUCCUUGGCCAUGGAAGCGGUUAUGCCCUUCUUUGACGAGCUUCUAGGUGAAGCAGUGGGUAACAUGACGGCAGGUGAAGUGAUAGAUCGGUUCUGCGCCCAGGGUGGGCAGUUGGUGCCCAUGUUGAACGUGUCGGUGGCCGAACUGAGUGAAGCACUGUGUGGAAACGACACUGCAGCUGCAAAAAAAGUGGCCAGUGAGAUAAUACAAUAUGCUCAGGACCUCAACUCGCUGCAAGAGCUUGCACUCUACAACUCUAGUGCAUUCUGGGAGACUGUUCUCCGUGACGUAAGUAGUCUCAUCGGAAACUUUGAGGGCCUAGCAACACUCUCGAAUCUCGCAUCAAGCCUCAGCAAUAUCGACAUCGGGACCCUUACCCAGGAUAAGGAGCUUAUUGACACCCUGAAGACUUUUCUCACAGACAAUGGUCCUGAUGCAAUACUGGAAAAUUUGAAAAAGCUGCUGGAUGAUUUCAAGUUACUCGAUAACAGUGACGUUAGCAAUGCUCUCCUUGACGACAUCCACUACCUGGCAGAUGGCAUCUUCGCUUUCUCAUCGCUAAGAUCCAUGUUCUUUAGUAAUGUGGUAAUUAAAGAUUUGCUGAAGGAUCCAGCCAAGUUUGAAGCCUAUCUGACCGAGUCACUAAACCUUGAUCCUGAAGUCGCAGAAGCCAUCAUUGAUGGCAGUAUCAGUAUGGAAAUAUUGCUGGAUUUCGCCAAGACUGACAUUGGCGACCUUGUUUGUAACAGCACAGAACUUGCACGCCUACUGUCACGGGAAAAUGACACAGACUUUGAUGCAGCAUAUGUGAGCGAGAGUUUCUGUAACCUGGACACGGACACUAUCAAUAACAUGCUGGAUGAACUGAUAGGGCAGCUGGACAUCGGGGAUCUUGUGGAAGAGCUUGUGAAUAGUGGAAUGGCUGACAUUUUGAACGAGGCAGGUGUGACAUUGGAAGAAACAAAGGAAGCUCUCACCGCUGUCGUCAAUGCCAACGCUGACCUCACUAAGAUGACAGAGAGGUUUGAUGCAUUUGCCAGUGCCAACUCUGCAGCAUUCGAGAGUCUUGCCCAGGCCCAGACUGGGGAGGAGUUCGACUCCAUGUCCUCUAUCAUGUGUGGAACAGCCAUCCCCACCCUCCCAGAUGAGUUCCAGGUCGGGGAAUCCCUAACGGAGAAUGCCGACCUUACUGACAAGCAGAAAGAAGAGAGAGAGAACCUGGGAAAACUGGGCCCAACAUGUCAGAGCAUGUAUGAUCGAAUAAUCAAGGAACAAAAUGGGCCGGUGAUCUGGGCGUACUUGAAGCCCCUACUGAGGGGGAAGAUUCUCUACACUCCUAACACACCUAUUGUGGCCACCAUUCUACAGAAGGCUAACAGUACAUUCUCUCAGCUGGAGAACUUUACAAAUAUAGCCGUAGACUGGGCUAACGGCUCUAAGGUCCUAGAAGAUCUAUCUGGACAAGCUGGCAAGGAAAUAAAGGAUCUCUUUGACAGCAAGUUGGUGCGCUCGUUCAUGAUGGAGAUUGGGAACAUAGCGUCAAGCGACCUUGACAACAUCCUUUACACCCUGCAGGAUGCUGAUACAAGCUUGUCCACCUCCGUGAGCAAGGUGGCUACCCUCGUGUCUGACUACGUUGGCUGUAUCGAGAUGAACCGUUUCAUUGGUUAUGAAAGUGAGAGCGAGAUGGAAAAGGCUGCCAUUAGACUGAACAGGGACAACGAGCUCAUGGCUGGUCUGGUUUUCAAAGUCUCCGAUUCUGGCAGUAGAAAGAAACGUCAGUCAAACACUGUUCCCCCUCACAUCACAUAUACCAUCAGGAUGGAUCUUGAUAAUGUGCCGCGCACUGACAGAAUCACAGAUCGUAUGUGGCGGCCCCAGCCAGAGGACCAUUUUUUCAACGAGAUGCGUUAUUUCCGCGGAUUUCUGCAGCUACAGGACAUAGUUGAUUCAGCAUUGAUCUCUUUCUUUGCGGAGGAGUGGGGCAUGGACUUCACCCCUCCCAAGGUCACCACUCAACAGUUCCCCUUUCCAUGUCACACUUUGGACACAUUUGUGAACACAAUAGCUGGAUACCUGUUGCCUGUGAUGAUGACUGUGUCGUGGAUCGCAGGUAUUGCUGUUGCCGUGUACAACCUCGUAUAUGAUAGGGAGCGCGGACAGGAAGAGACACUGAACAUCAUGGGUCUCAAGUGCGGCCUCAACUUCUGGGCAUGGCUACUCAGCUCGAUGAUCCUGAUGGCGAUUGUAGCGGUAAUCGACGUUGUUAUUCUCAAGUAUGGGAACGUCUUUGCGGAGACCAAUGGGUUUAUUGUCUGGCUCUUCUUCAUUGAUUUUGCCUUCUCCACGCUCAUGCUGUGUUACUUUGUGAGUGCGUUCUUCACGCGUACAUCUCUGGCCAUCUUGACGUGUCUGAUUGUGUACUGCAUUAGUUACCUCCCCUUUGUUGUUCUAUACACACUGGAGGUGGACAUGAAGUUCUGGCAGAAAACACUUGCUUGCCUGUCCUCCACCACUGCAUUCAGUUACGCAGCACAGUACAUCGCACGAUAUGAGGAGCAAAUGGUUGGUCUGCAAUGGUCAAACAUUCGAGAUGGCCCAUUCAACGACGAUGACUUCAGUUUCCACUGGUGUUGUAUCAUGAUAAUCAUCGAUGCCGGUAUAUACUUCAUACUCGGCUGGUACGUCAGGAAUGUCAAACCAGGGAAGUUUGGUGUGUCUGCUCCGUGGUAUUUCCCGUUAUCUCCAUCCUACUGGUGCUGUUCCCUCGGUGGGGGGCGGGAGGAGGCCUACACACCCUCACAAAGUGAACAGAACAUAUUCAGCGAGCCCGUACAGAAGACAAGCCCGGUGGUAUUGUCGGCCCGUGGACUCAGUAAGACAUACUCAGAUGGAACGCGGGCGGUGACCAAUCUGAACCUGGACAUCCACAGUGGGGAUAUCACCACCCUUCUAGGGCACAACGGGGCUGCUAAAACUACUACUAUGAACAUGUUGGUAGGUCUGCUGGAACCGACCAAUGGAAAUGUGCGUCUGCUGAAUCGACCACUCGGGGAGAUGAGGGGCAGCAUUGGCAUGUGCUCCCAAGGAAAUGCCCUCUAUGAAUACAUGACAGUGAAGGAGCACAUGCAGUUUUACAGUUCCAUCAAGGAUUCGUACAAUGCCCUGUCUGCCAAGGAUGAAAUUAGACAGUUACUCAAAGAUGUUGACCUUUACUACUGCCGUCACACAUUGGUCAAGAACCUGUCAGGAGGCAUGCAACGUCGUCUCAGUAUCGCCCUCGCUUUCGUUGGUGGGUCAAAGGUAGUCAUUCUUGAUGAGCCCACCAGUGGGGUCGAUCCCAGCGGUCGUAGAGCCAUAUGGAAUCUGAUUAUUCGUAGAAAGGAUGGAAAAGAUACCGGAGGUGUUGCAAUCCUGCUGUCGACCCACCAUUUAGACGAGGCUGACAUCAUCAGUGAUCAGAUUGCUGUGUUACACGAGGGUCGUCUCCUGUGUCACGGCUCCCCCAUGUACCUCAAACAGCACCUUGCUAGCGGACAUCGCAUCAUCGUCACCUCCUUGUCAGAUAACCCAGACCCAGUUUCUAUCCUGUCGGUGAUGAAGGCAUGGAUUCCCGCAGCAAAACUUCAGCAGGUGUCUGGAGGCGACAUGACAUUCACACUCCCUGCAGCUAGCUCUGCUGCGUUCCACGAGAUGUUCCAAGAUCUUGAAUCAAAGAAAAGGGAACUGAAUAUCGAGUCAUAUGGAAUCUCAGACCCACAGCUUCAGGAGGUAUUCCUGAAGGUGUGUUCAGCAGCAGACAUGGGUCACCAGAUCACCCCAGAGGCUCUCCGUCAGAUCGACGAGCAUGUAGAAGACAUAGAGAAGGGUGAAAAUGGCGACUGGAAACAUGACUUUGGAGCAAAUGGAUCUGGUGGCAGCAAGGAGAGACUGAAUAAGGCCUCAUUGGAUUCUGGUCAUGCAGGGAGCCUUCUGGGUGCCCUGCUAACCAAGCGUUUCCUCCACUACCUACACAACUGGCGCCUGCUGCUGUCCGUCAUCCUCCUGCCGCUGCUGCUGUUCCUGCUUGCGUGCGGCCUUUAUAUGAUACGACCCAAGGAUAACGAGGCUGAGAAGAUUCUGAUAUCCCCUGCUAUGUAUGGACCCAAUGACUAUGUGAUCACAAGACAAGACAGCUCCCUGCUACAGCCUGUGAGUGGAAUGGACAUCAUGAACACAUUCAAGAUGGAACCUGGCAUGGGAACUACAUGCAUGCAGGAUGGAGCCCUUGACAACCUAGGACCAGGGUAUGAGUGUGUAUCACCAGAUGACAAGUCACACAACAAGGCAUACCCCCAGACGUCAUGUAAGUGUGAGGACAACAAGUACUCGUGUUCCCAGGGUAACGGGAGCCUGGCGAUCCCAGAAUUCAAGACGGCAACCACACAGAUUCUCCAGGACAUGGAGGGCAUGAACAUUACCAAAUAUAUCCUUGAGAGCUUUGAUGACUUCAUUAAGAAGAGGUAUGGAGGUCUCCAGUUUGACGAUGCUAAAGAUGACGAGGACAAAACAGUGCUGCAGGCAACAAUCUGGUACAACAACAAGGGCCACCACUCCACACCUGCGUUCUAUAACAGUUAUAGCAAUGGGAUUCUACGAGCUCUCAGCUCUAAGGCCGGGCAACUGCCACACCAGUAUGGGAUUACAGUUUACAAUCAUCCGUUUGUGUUUGGAAAACAGCGGCUGUCAGAGGACACACUUGUGUUCCACGCGGCUGACAUCGGUAUUGCUCUGAUCAUUAUGCUGGGGUUCACGUUUAUCCCCGUUGGUUCCCUGCUCUAUCUGGUCACGGAGUACCUGAGCAGGGAGAAACACAUGCAGUUCAUAGCAGGAGUGAGGCCUCUCACAUACUGGAUGGCUUCUCUAAUCUGGGACUUGUUUGUGCUGGGGAUCACUAUUGGUAUUUCAGCAAUCAUCAUAGUGGGGUUCAAACCUGCGUCUUUUUAUGAUGACCAGAAUCUUGGUGCUGUUGUUACGCUGCUAGCACUGUUUGGAGUGUCACUGUUGACUCUGUGUUACUGCUUGUCCAAGCGGUUUUCUACAUCUGGAGCAGCGUUCUUCACCGUCUUCUGUAUGCUCACCUUUAUUGGCCUGAUAACAGUCCUCAUCAUCUUUACACUCAACUACUGGCGCGGUAACAGCACGAGUGCACAGAGGGCGUACAAGAUUGUUCACUACGUAUUCUUGAUAUUCCCACCGUAUGCUCUGGGUUCCGGCUUCCUGGACCUUAUUGAUAACCAGCUUCGUACCAUCAUCUACAGGCGGUUCGAUGUUGAAGUGUACCAGAAUCCAUUCACCUUCGAUAUGAUUGGCUGGAACCUUGUCUUCAUGGGGAUAGAGGCUGUCCUCUUCUUCAUUAUUGCUGUUGUCAUGGACACCAGAUGCUGUUGUUGGAGCAAGCCAGAUCGCAAUGCGGUUAAAGAAGUGGCAGCAGGUGACAUUGAUGCUGAUGUGAUGCAGGAGAAACAACGUAUUAACCAUGGCGACUGUCGCCAAGAUUCUAUUGUCAUUCGUAAUCUACACAAGGUGUACCUUACACAGAAGGCGGAGGUACAUGCAGUAAAUGGUCUCACCUUUGGGGUGCCUGCCAGUCAGUGUUUCGGCCUGUUGGGAGUAAACGGUGCUGGAAAGACAACCACCUUCAAAAUCCUGACAGGCAUGCUCAAUGCUUCAGAUGGCUUCACUUCAGUUCUUGGAUCUAGGAUCCUACCAGGGGAGAUGUCAGUGGGUCGUCUGGUUGGUUACUGUCCCCAGGAGGAUGCCCUCGAUGGUUACCUGAGCGUGGAGAGCAUGCUCCACUUCCAUUGUAAACUCAAGGGCAUACCCUCGGACAGGCGUACACAGGAGGUUGAGUCUGUGAUGGAGCGUCUACAGUUAACGGUAAUCAAGAGCAAGUUGGUGCGGGCGUGUAGCGGGGGAAUGAAGAGGAAACUCUCAUUGGCAAUCGCGCUGCUUGGCAACCCUCCUGUCAUCCUUCUGGAUGAGCCGACCACAGGUAUGGACCCGAAGGCCAAGCGCCUUGUGUGGGAUUGUCUGCUACAGGCUAAACACCAGGGACACGCAAUCAUUCUCACAUCACACAGCCUGGAGGAGUGUGACAUUCUGUGUGACCGUAUCGGCAUCAUGGUGAAUGGAGAACUUAAGUGCCUCGGCAGCUCCCAACACCUCAAGCAGAAGUUUGGGGAUGGUUACACAGUAACGGUGUAUGUGAGUGGACUAUCCACGUCAGCAACGAGAAUAUAUGAGCUGAUUCAUCAACAUUUCCCUCGAGCCUCAAUACGGGACCAGCACCUGAACGUGAUCCAGAUGGACAUGCCGCGGGAUUCUGUGAGUGUGGCGGACAUGUUCGCCAUUCUGGAGCGUGAGAAGGCCACAUACAACAUCCAGUACUACACUGUCUCCCAGACUACCCUCGAUACUAUUUUCCUCAACUUUGCCCAUGAGCAGACAGAUGGCAUCGACCUUGAGGUUUCGGACACAAACUCCAGCGCUGGGACAUCAGGCUUAGAUGAAAACAGCAGGAAAGGUUCUGCCAUUACAAACCCAUACUACGCUCAGUUGGACAAAUCUAUGGUGCUCCGCGAUAGCUCAAAGAAAACUGACACAUCUUCACCUUUUGCAGUUCCAGUCAAGGACAACUUUGAAGACUUGUAUGCUGAAGAGUCAGAGUCAUACUCCACAAAUUUGUAGACAUUGCUCAUGAACAUACAUGAAGUGAUAAAAACUUUAUUGCCUUAAAGUUAAGCCGUUGUUGAGACUGUUUUUCAGAAUUAAGUGGAGCUAUACAACAAUGUGACAUAAAUUUAUAUUUGUAUAGUCAAUUUGGAUUUGUACUCAUGUUCUUUGUUAUCAAGGAAGUACAUGGCAAUUUACAAUUUCAUGGACUUUUGUAUACCUACUUUGUACAGUAUAAGUGAUUUCUGAUCUAUCAAUGCAAUGUUUUAAUCAUAUUCAGGUUUUUAAUGAUGUUUAUGCUUUGUUUGUACAUUUUUUUUAAUCCAGGUAUUACAUGUUAAAAUGUUACAUACGCAAAAAGGUGUACAGUAUCCAUGUAGAAGCUUGUUUUGGCGAUUGGUACCUUACAGAAAUGUGAAUUUAAUGUUAUAAUUAUGUUAAAUGUAUAUUAAAGUUCAAAAAUAUUUGCCCUUAUCACCCUCUGUAUUUACAUGUAGUUUUGUCAUCUUAUGAUGCGUAUUAAACAGAACCAAACUUUUUUUAUAGUAUAUACUAUGUGUAUGUAUUCAGAUUUACAAGAAUAGUUAGACUGAUCUUGUCUAUGUAAUCCGUUAAAAAUCUAUACCCUUAUUUCACAGUGUGGCCUAUAUCUGACAUAUUUUCUGUGAUAAAAUUUGUUUUAAACUGGUGCUCAUAACAGGUACAUACUCAUUUAUUUUAGAAAUACUCAGCCAAACUCACAUGUAUAAAUGUGCUUGUAAUGCUCAUGUCGUAACAUACAUUUUUCAUAUAAACCAACUAGAGAGACAAUGAAAUAAUCUCCUGAUAUAGUGACACCAGUCUUGCACAAGGAAAUAAAUACAGGAUAAUUGUUUGUUUCAGUGUAAGAUCGAUAUAUAUUUCACAGAGUGAGCACCAAAAGCUAUAUUUCACCAGUGAUAUAUAAACUUUGGUGUUCAUAAGGUGAAAUAUAUUUGGAACUUGUGUCUGAGCCCUGUACACAUUGAUGUUUGAUUUGGAAAUGCGAGCAGGCUAAAAUAUCAAUACAGUGAAAAUGUUAAUUGAUCAAACAGGGAAAUAUCAAUUUUAUUUCACUGAUAAAUCUCUAUAAAUCUCUGGAACACAUACUAUAGAAAAGAAUCUCAGGUUUUCCCAAAGAAUUGUUUUAUUCAAUCUGGAAUCAAUGUUGAUCUGUUUUUAUAUCCAUAAUAUUAAGUUGUGUAUCUGGCUAUACAUGUUGUUAUUUUUUAUAUUCUCAAUGCAAGUGUGUGUGUAUUUGUUUGUUUUACAAUAUUCAUCAAUAAUUUGUCUUUCCCGUUUCCUUCAAUAUUGUUGAUCAAUAUUCAUAUUGUUAUUAUGAAAUUUAACAUGACUUACAUAUUUAAAAACUGUUAUGUGUUUUACAUGACUCUCUAUGCCUUUUAACAAUGCAAACUUUUUUAUGUACAAUUUUACCAAUUUACGUGUGCUUUAGUUACUCAAGAUACUUUUACUUUUGCAAAUUCUCGUGACAGGAAUAGUGUUCAUCUUUCUUUAUAUUGGCAUUACUUACAUGUAUAUAAGUUCAAUGUUUGUUUAUAUGUAAUUAAAUGGAUAAUGCAGGGGCUCUUCAAGAACCUGCCUAUUAGACUAUAACAUUACAGGAACAAAAUGGCUAAUUCAAAUUUAUAGUGGUGUAUUUUGGUGUAUUUUAUGCAUAAUUUCUCUAAUUUCUCGACCAUAUUGACAUGAAGAAUUUAUUAUCUUAGCCCCAUGCACCCCUUCCACCACCCCGAAUUUGCUAGUACAAUGUACAUGUAUUACAUGUACAGUAGGUAGUGUUAAGAUAAUCAUUCAAGAUUUUUUAAAGGUAUCUGAAAGAUUCAUGUGUAGUACCAUAUGAAGCCCCUAAUGUGAAAUUCAAUAUACACUGAUGAAAUGCUCAUUUACUUUCUGCACAUUUACUUUCUGCAUGUACUUUGAUACUUCUAAAUUUCUCAAUAUUAAAGGCUAUUAUACGAUCAGACAUUGCAAAAAUAAAUUUGGCAAACAACAAUAAAACAUGAACAGUUCAAAUGACAGGCUUAUUGUCAAUAAAUUUUUAAACAGGUCAGAAAAAAAAUCAUUCAUUUAGGCAUGACUUUAUUGAAAUUAUAUUCAGAUAAGUAUCAGCCUGUUGCUGUUUGUUGUUUGUUCAUAUGUUUAAGUAAAUUAACUCAACAGUUUUAAAAAAUGUUGCGAACAUAAAAUUUGUUGAGUGGUUCCCUUAAAAUCCUUCAAUCUAACUGAAGGGCUGCAAAUUUGUCUUUCAAACGCAUAAUUCACACUUCUAAAAUGGAAAUUUCUUGCUUAUAACAGCAAUUUUAGCCUUAUAUUUUUACCACUGUCUUAAUGUUUAAAUCAAUGAUGUAGGUAAAAAGCUUAUAGUAUAUAUUGUUUUACUUUAUUCUAUACAUGCUGUUAAUCAUUUUAACGCUUACAAACCAAAAAAAUCUGACAGUGGAAGCGUAAUAUUUAUCUGUUCUAUUAUGAUUAUUUUUGUUAAACACGAGUGCCUGCUUUGUGAACAACUUUUUACAUGUAAUUCUCUGUUGUAUAUAUUUUAUAUUUAGAACCUUUUUAUAUCAUAAGCAAUAAAGUCUAGAAACAUU